UCGCCGAAUUCCUCACCGACUUUAACUCCCCGAGCCGCCCCGCCGGCUGGGCUGCAGAAAUUGGGUGAAAAAACGGCGUUUCUGAGCAAGUCGGGCUCGGCCCGGAGCCGCGCAUCCUCCUGGGUCAUCAAUAUUAAUCGCGACGAUGCGCAUCAGUUCCAGCCCGGCUGCCGAGGAGGGAUGCUGAGACUCGGAAUGGGAAAUUAUGUUAAUUUAGUUGAUUAUCCAUUCAUGUGUUCCCUUACCCGGGGCAGGGAGGCGCGGUGCCGGCCUUGGGUCGUCUGGCUGCGGCUGCCUGCUCGCUGCCCCGCCGGAAUCCUCCGGCGAAGUUUCAUGCUCCAGUUCCUCAUCCGCAGGGGAGGAGGGGGAGAUCAGAAAGGCAAAGCCCGAGCCUGGGAGCUGUCAGAUCUGCGGUGCUGAGCUCGGGGAUCCGCAGCGUCCUCACGGGGGAUUUUGCUUUAAACCAGCUCCGGGGUUUGUUUUCAGGGCGUGCGGGGCUUUGAAACGCAUCAAAUAUUCAGCGGCGUUUUGUGUCGUGCCUUUGCGUUUCCCUGGGAUUUGAGAGAUGCUGGUUUUACACACGGCUUCCCCAUUUCCGCGGUGUUUUAAGACACGGACUCCCGCUCCCAUCCGUGCGAGUCGCUGCUCCGGCGGCUGGAGGAGCUUUGGCGCAAAGGCUGCGAGUGCUGGCAGCCAUCCCGCAUCCCAAAAUAUCCCCAGGGAUGUGCCAGCCCCCUUAACCCCACCCCGCUCUCCGCAGGGCUCCGUGGAUUGUCCCAACCUGGAAUUCGAGUACGGGGAUGCCGACGGCCACGGCGCCGAGCUGGCAGAGCUGUACAGCUACACCGAGGAGCCUGAGCUGAGCCACAACAGGAGAUGCUUCGAGGAGGAUUUUCACACUCAAGUGCCCGACAGGAGGUGGCUGGAGCUGGACAGGGCUCAGCAGAAGGCCUAUGUCAUGCGCCUGCUGGAUGGGCUGGAGGUGGUCAACAGGGACAAGAGGCUCAGAGUAGCACGGGCCAUCCUCUACCUGGCACAGGGUGUCUUUGGGGACUGUGAUAAUGAAGGUGAUGUCCUGCACUGGUCUCGGCACAACAGCUUCCUCCUGUACCAGCUGGGAACCUUCUCCGCCUUCCUGGAGCUGCUCAACAUGGAGAUUGAGAACAGCCAGGCCUGCAGCAGCGCCCUGCGGAAGCCGGCCAUCUCCCUGGCUGACAGCACGGAGCUCAGGGUCCUGCUCAGUGUCAUGUACCUGAUGGUGGAGAACAUCCGUGUGGAGCAGGAGACAGAUCCCCCCGAGUGGAAAACCUGCCGGGAGACCUUCAGGAUGGAGCUGAGUUUCCCUGUGCACACUGAGGAGCCGUUUGCUCUGCUGCUCUUCACGAUGGUGACCAAGUUCUGCAGCGGCCAUGCUCCACACUUCCCCAUGAGGAAGGUCCUGCUCCUGCUCUGGAAGGUUCUCCUGUUCACGCUGGGUGGGUUCGAGGCGCUGCAGGCCAUGAAGGUGCGGCGGCGGGAGGAGCUGGGGCUGCCGCCCCUGCCCGAGGACAGCAUCCAGGUGGUGCGGGGGAUGCGCGCGGCCUCCCCGCCCACCUGCGCCAUCGAGCUCGUGGAGCAGCAGCAGCAGCAGCAGCCGCAGCAGCAGAAGCGCGGCCACCGCAGCCGCAGGCCCCUGAUGAAGCAAGACAGUUUGGAUAUCUACAACGAGAGAGAUCCCUUCAAGAACGAUGAAGGAGGGGUUGAUGAAGAGGAGAACGACGACGUGGACAGCGGGAUCGAGGGGGAGCUGGACCUGAUGGAGAGGGAUGCGAUCAUCCCCGCCAUGCCGGCUCAGCGCCUGCCCAUCGAGAGGGUGUCCUUCCCCAAGGGGCUCCCCUGGGCCCCCAAAGUCAGACAGAAGGACAUCGAGCAUUUCCUGGAAGCAAGCAGGAACAAAUUCAUCGGAUUCACGCUGGGACAGGACACCGAAACCCUGAUAGGGCUCCCGCGGCCCAUCCACGAAAGUGUGAAGACCCUGAAGCAGCACAAGUACGUUUCCAUCUCGGAUGUCCAGAUCAAGAACGAGGAGGAGCUGGAGAAGUGCCCCAUGUCUCUGGGGGAAGAGGAAGUCCAAGAAACCCCUUGUGAGGUCUUGUACCGAGCAAUGCUCUACAAUCUCCCGCAGUACAUGAUCGCUCUGCUGAAGAUCCUCCUGGCUGCUGCACCCACCUCCAAGGCCAAGACUGACUCCAUCAACAUCCUGGCAGACGUGUUGCCUGAAGAGAUGCCCAUCACCGUCCUGCAGAGCAUGAAGCUGGGCAUCGACGUGAACAGACACAAGGAGAUCAUCGUGAAGAGCAUCUCGGCGCUGCUGCUGCUGCUGCUCAAGCACUUCAAGCUGAACCACAUCUACCAGUUCGAGUACGUGUCCCAGCACCUGGUGUUUGCCAACUGCAUCCCGCUGAUCCUGAAAUUCUUCAACCAGAACAUCAUGUCUUACAUCACUGCCAAAAACAGCAUCUCCGUCCUGGAUUAUCCGCAUUGCACGGUCUGUGACUUGCCCGAGCUCACGGCAGAAAGUCUGGAAGCUGGAGACAACAACCAGUUCUGCUGGAGGAAUUUGUUCUCUUGCAUUAACUUGCUGAGGAUCCUCAACAAGCUGACCAAGUGGAAACACUCGAGGACAAUGAUGCUGGUGGUGUUUAAGUCAGCCCCGAUCCUGAAGCGCGCUCUGAAGGUGAAGCAGGCCAUGAUGCAACUCUACGUGCUCAAGCUGCUGAAAAUCCAGACCAAGUACCUGGGGCGGCAGUGGAGGAAGAGCAACAUGAAGACCAUGUCUGCCAUCUACCAGAAGGUGCGGCACCGCAUGAACGACGACUGGGCCUACGGCAACGAUAUCGACGCCAGGCCGUGGGAUUUCCAGGCUGAGGAGUGCACGCUGAGGGCCAACAUCGAAGCCUUCAACAGCCGCAGGUACGACAAGCCGCAGGACUCGGAGUUCGCCCCGGUGGACAACUGCCUGCAGAGCGUGCUGGGCCAGCGCCUGGAGCUGCCCGAGGACUUCCACUACUCCUACGAGCUCUGGCUGGAGCGGGAGGUGUUUUCACAGCCCAUUCGUUGGGAGGAGCUGCUGCACUGCCAGUGACCCCGAGAGGAGCAUUGGGUUGGAUAUGGGGGGGUUUAAGCACAGCUGGGGAUGAAAAUAAAUAAAUUUAAACUUUCCAAAGAGACCAAGUGUCUCUGUGCCUAGCAGACACCUCUUUUUGGAGGCUCCUGUGGGUUCUUGGAGGCUGGAAAGUGUUGGCAGAGGGCAUGGAGCAGGUUGCAGAGUGAGCUCAGGUCUGUCUCUAAGCUUGGUGUAAGGAUUCCAGCUGGGAAUUCCAUCCCUCCCACGCUGUUCCUCGUUUGUUUGGAUCUAUUCGGUUCUGGCUGGCUGCUGAUGUGCUCCCAACAGCAGCCCCGGGGUCCCAGGAGCACAGCUUGGCUUGGGACGGAGACAACAUUCUGUCUUGUCCCUGGCUGAGAGUCCUGGUGCCACCAGGGACGGGUCCUGCGUGGUCCCCUGGACACCCACCCGUCACCUUUUCACUGCUGCUCUCCUUCACUCACCUUUAUUAAACCACCCUGCUGUGCUGGGCAGCGUUUAGAGCUUGGAGGUCCCAUUUCUCUGCCCCUUUCUCUCUCCCUCUUCAGCCCUGAGGAGACAACAAAUACCACUUUAAUUAAUCCCUUAAUCACUUUUAAAUAAUGUUAAAUUUUAACACAGAUCUUUGGUUGUUUGGGGGAAUGUCUGUGCCAGGUGGGGAGGGAAAUGUGCUUUGGUGAAGGAUUUGUGAGGAAAAGAGUGGAUUCUGUGGUCCAUAGCUUUCAGAAUGAAUAGGAUACUGAGCUGUAAAUUUUGUAUCGAUUUAAUAACUUAAUAUUUAAAUUAAAUAAUGAACACUACACUUGGUUAAACCAGCGCGUUGCAUGAGGGUGGCAUUUGUCAAAGCAUUGUGUGUUCAUAUAGGGCAGGGAGGCCCUAAAUAAACAAGUGUUUGUUAUGGCAGGAUUUGUGCUAAUUGCUUAAAUAAUUAAUUAACCUGGGAAUGUUUCCUUCAUGGGGUUUGUCCAAGGCCUUGUUCAUGGAAGUGGCAUUAAACCUUUUAAAACCUUUCAAAAUACGCUUUUGCUCAAAAUAAACCAACUUUUAAAG